UGUGAUUGGUCGUUCACACGUCAAUCACUUGCGCUAGUCGAGAAAAAAGACUGCGUUGGGUUUGCGAUUUGACAGAAACUGAGUCGUGAUCAUCCGGUCGAUCCGUGGGAGGAUAGCCGUCCAUAUUUACCUUCGCUGAGAUUAUUGUCGUGCCAGUUUUCUGAGGGGCUACAUGGACGAGUGUUGUUCGCCGCUUUGGGGGUAACGUGUCUCGCUUGUUUUUCGACGUGUGUGUAUUAAAGAAAGGCGGCACGGACAGUGGGGAUAUCCCCAGAUUUCUGGCCAAACGAGACCGAACGUCGUUUUCCAUGGCUAACAAGCGGAUAAGCUAACAGCAGCACGGCGUAACGGGUGGGGGUGGAUGUCUAUAGGUCGGCCCUUAGGAAGCGAAUAUAAAUAACCUCUCAGCAGUGUGUUGUGGAACAAUGACCAGCACAAGAAGCAGAUAUAACGGAGGCAAGCUUCUCGGAAGGCAAGACAUGUCAGUAGAUGGGUAUCGACUGAACGAUCAAUAAAGAGGUGGAAACUAACGUCAGUUAAGCUAGCUAGUCGGUUAGCGGAAUUAAUCAAGGAAGUUGACUAGCCUUGCUAUCUUGGCGACAAAUGCGUUACUGGACCAAGGGUCGUCUCAAACGUCUGAGUUAAUAUAUUUAGAGAUUCACACAACUGGCUGGUAAUGCCAUUUUUUUAAAGCUGAAGUUUAGAAAGACAAUUUAACCGUGUGCUUUUAACCAAAACGCUAGCUAACGAUAGUGAGUCGGAGCUUGUAAACAAAGGGUCCCAAGCUCCAUCUGGCCACAGCAACGUUAGCUUGCUCCACCUCGAGGAAUCGUUGACAGAUUGUUUCACGGACAUUGUUGCCUUUUAUUUAACAGUAAAACUAACGCCCAGAGAUGGAUUUAAAGACAGCCGUAUUUAACGCAGCAAGGGACGGCAAGCUGCGGCUGCUACAGAAACUGUUGGAGAACAAAGAUGGACACGAGGUUACCAAGUUGAUGGGCGAGAAAACAAACGGGGCCACCCCGCUCCUGAUGGCCUCCCGGUACGGCCACCUGGACCUGGUGGAGUACCUGCUGGAGUGCUGCAGCGCGCCUGUUGAGGCCGGGGGGUCGGUGAACUUUGACGGGGAGACCAUCGAGGGAGCGCCCCCUCUCUGGGCAGCCUCGGCGGCGGGUCACCUAAAGGUGGUGCAGUCCCUGCUGGGCCACGGAGCUUCUGUCAAUAGCACGACCCUGACCAACUCGACACCCCUAAGGGCAGCCUGCUUUGACGGCCACCUGGACAUUGUGAAAUAUCUGGUGGAGCACAAAGCUGACCUGGAGGUGGCCAACAGACACGGCCACACAUGUCUCAUGAUUUCCUGCUACAAAGGACAUAAGGAGAUUGCACAGUACCUGCUGGAGAGAGGUGCAGAUGUCAACAGGAAAAGUGUAAAAGGCAACACAGCACUUCAUGACUGUGCAGAGUCUGGGAGUCUGGAGAUCAUGCGAAUGUUACUGCAGUUUGGAGCAUCCAUGGAGCAAGACGGCUAUGGCAUGACCCCCCUGCUCUCGGCCAGCGUCACAGGCCACACUAACAUCGUAGACGACCUGACGACGCACCAGCAGACAAGCCACACGGAGCGCAUUGAUGCCCUGGAGCUUUUGGGAGCCACAUUUGUUGACAAGAAGAGAGACCUGCUUGGAGCUUUAAAAUACUGGAAGAGAGCCAUGGACCUGAGGUACAUGGAUGGUAACAACGUCAUCCAUAAACCAGAAUCCAAGCAGCUGAUCAUGGCAUACGACUACGCCAGGGAGGUAACAAAUGGAGAAGAGCUGGACGGGCUGAUAUCUGACCCGGAUGAAAUGCGCAUGCAAGCACUGCUCAUCCGUGAAAGAAUCCUCGGCCCACAACAUCCAGAUACGUCUUAUUACAUCCGUUACAGAGGUGCUGUCUACGCUGACUCUGGGAACUUUGAGCGCUGUAUCAAUCUGUGGAAGUAUGCACUGGACAUGCAGCAGAGCAACCUGGACCCCCUCAGCCCCAUGACGGCCUCCAGCCUGCUGUCGUUCGCUGAGCUCUUCUCUUUCAUGCUGCAGGACAGAGCCAAAGGGCUCCUGGGAACAUCGGUGUCAUUUGAGGACUUGAUGGGGAUCCUUUCCAAGAGUGUGUUGGAGAUAGAGCGGGCAGUUAAACAAAAGGGACCAAUGCCUCCUGACCCGGCCCAGCUCAGCAAGGCCCUGUCAAUCAUCCUGCACCUCAUUUGUCUUUUAGAGAAGGUGCCCUGUACUGCAGAGCAGGACCACUUCAAGAAGGAAACCAUCUAUAAAUUCCUGAAGCUCCAGCCGUGUGGUAAGAACGGCUACAGUCCACUACACCUGGCAGUGGACCGCAACACCACCUGCGUGGGCCGCUAUCCCGUGUGCAAGUUCCCCUCCCUCACAGUCGCCUCCAUCCUUCUUGAGUGUGGGGCAGAUAUGAACAGCCGCGAUGAAGAUGACAACAGCCCCCUUCACAUAGCGGCAUCUAAUGGUCACCCUGACAUCAUGAACCUCCUGAUAUCAUGCGGGACUCACUUUGACAGCACCAAUGCCUUCCAACAAACGGCCUGUGACCUCCUGGACGAGAAGGAGCUGCCCAGGAAUAUAAUCCAGCCCAUAAACCACACCACGCUGCAGUGCCUGGCCGCCAGGGCCAUCGUCAAGCACCGCCUCGUUUACCGGGGAAACAUCCCUGAGAAACUAGAGGCCUUCGUCUUGCUCCACAGAUAAUGACUGGGAGUAGAGGCCAAUGGAUUGAUUUAAACUGGAGGGAGGGGUUGGAUCACACCAAGUGGAAUGGACAGACUGAGGAGCGUUAUAGUUCGGGGCCUGACCCACAAGUUGUUUGAGGAGCUUAAAGACACAAUUUUUUGGGUUGGGUGUGCAAAUUCAAACCAUUUUUGGAGAGUAUUAACUUGAAGAUUAGUGUGAACAAAAAUGUCCUCAUUCAUCCUGGAUAAACUGAAAAAUGAUGGGGGUAAAUUGGAGGAAUGAGUUAACAUUUUAUUCUAAUGUCUGCUGUUUCAUGAAGUCACAGCUUGCUCUGUGGGGACGAAUUACGAGUGGAUUGCAACAUGGACAAACUCAUCUCUGCACGAACUGAACAAGAGGUUUAUGUAUUUUUGCUAUUUUUUUUUUCUUUUAAUUUUUUUUUUUUUUGACCCCUUCACUAUACUAUUUAUUGAAUGAAACUUGAGAGAUUCUUCUCCAUGCUGGCUCCAACCUAGCCUCGACUUUGCCUACUUCUCUUUUCUCAAAGCACGGAUUGAGGCAUGUCUCUUAGCGCUGGGACUUAAGGUUAUUUUUAGUUUGUCCCAUCACUGUUGCCAACAGUCAUGGACCCUUCCUCAGUCAUCAUUAGGAGGUUACUCUUGUUUUGUACUUCGACAAAACAUGUAGUUAUUGUCAUGCAACUCUGGAUAUCUGCCAAGAGGUGUGGAUUCUAGACUCAUUUGUCGUUCCCACUUUAGUGUAUAACAAAGCUUUACAAGAAGGGUUUAAUGUCUGCAAACACCAUAAGUGCUUUAUUCUUCCUAUGCACAGGCUAGGCUGUUGGAAAGAGACUGUUGUAUUCUGUGCCGGCACUUGUCUGUGCAAUAUCUCAUGAGUUUUUGUGUUUACCUCAUUGCUGCCCUUUCCUUCAGUAUCCCCUUCCUUCAUGCAUAGAAAGGGGGGAUUGGGGAAAACCCAUUGUACUGACUAUUGUAAGAGGAGUGAAUGAAUAUGAGUGAUUGUGUAUGUACAUGUGUGAGUGCCACCCAGUGUGUUUCUUGUAAGCAGUGUGUUUUUGAGCUUACACAAAUGUUUGGUGUCACAGGUUUGGU